CAUUUGCACUUGAUCGAGGAAUGAGGAUCACUUACUAUUUUACAUAAAGACCGAUCGGUCUUGACAGUUUUUUUAAUUAUUUACACACCGUGUAGUGGUAAUAAUGUUUAUUAGAACAAUGUGCAAUUCCUGUGUAAUUAUUUUGUUUUUGUUAUUAUUUAACCAUGAAGUCUUGACUAGGUCUGUAGUGAGAGUAAAAAAUAAUGUCGGCGACAUCAUCGAUCAUGUGAAUAACAUUUCUAAGACUACGUGGAAGGCAGGAUUGAGCACGAGUUUAAAUUACAUGAGGGACGUCGAAGACUUAAUGGGGGUGCUUCCAAUAGAGGAGUUGGGUAGUUCGCUUUAUCAUAAUAUAAUGGAUAAAGAACUAGACAAAGCCGAAAUCCUCCCGGAAAGUUACGACGCCUCGAAACAAUGGCCUUUGUGUAAAUCCAUCACAUCAAUUAAAGACCAAUCGAAUUGCGGAUCGUGCUGGGCACUGUCAACGGCUUCAGUGUUUAGUGAUCGCGUUUGUAUAGGAACGAACGGCUCUGUCGAUUUAAACCUGUCCGGUGAGUUCUUAAUGGAUUGUUGUAAUGGCAAGUGCGGUAGAGGAUGUGACGGCGGACAUCCGGAAAAAGCAUGGAAGUUUAUUAAGAACAACGGAAUAUGCACAGGAGGCGACUUUGGUUCCGGCGAGGGCUGUCAACCUUACAGUAUAGCUCCGUGUAGCGGCUCAAGUUAUUCGGAGCCUAGCGCGGACACUCCUAAAUGUUACCUGGCGUGUAGUAAUUUCAAUUAUACAACAUCGUUAAAAGAAGAUUUAUACUUUGCUAGCAAGGUAUAUACUGUUAAGCCUAAAAUGAAAGCAAUCAUGCACGAGGUCUAUAAUAACGGUCCUGUUGUGGCAGCGAUGAAAACUUACGAAGAUUUCUUGCAUUAUAAAAGCGGAAUCUAUCAGUACACGACUGGUUCACCAAAAGGAGAACACGCUGUUAAACUGUUAGGAUGGGGCCAAGAGAACGGAGUUUUGUACUGGUUAGCAGCCAACACUUGGGGUCGUUAUUGGGGCAUGGGAGGCAUGUUUAAAAUAAAAAGAGGUAACAACGAAUGCGGUAUUGAGAAUCGAAUAUCGGGUGGAUUGCCAAAAUUUUGAAUACAUAAGCGGAACAAUUGUCAUUUAAAGUUCAACUUUUAUUAAAACAAAUGCUAGAUAAAUGAAUAUUAUUAUACUAUAUAUAACUGGUUUGUAAUAAUUUUCUGUAGAUUAGAAAUGAUUGUAAAUUGAUAAUUAUACUGUAUACCUAAA